GGUCAAUAUUAUUCAGUGUUGUUCCACCUAGCAUUAUGGCGGUAUUGUAAAUGUUUGUGAGUUUCAUUUGUUUGUUUAUAUUUCAUAGUAAAGUUGUAGAGCAGAGAAUUACAGAAUAAGUGGCGGUAUAUGGUGGUCGUACACGGUCGGAUAUAAAUGGAUCAUGGCACUUUCCACUGCUCAAAUUGGAAUAAACCUAGGAAAGGCUAUUUUGGAAGGGAAACAUAUUCGAAUUGAUGAAGACGGAUUUGAAAAUUUCGAUGACUAUUUUACAGAAACUGACUCUGAUGUAGAAAUUGCGAACCACACUGACAAUGUUAAAAUAGUGGCUGUAAAACCUGCAGCAGAUGAUGAUAAUGAUGCCAGGAAUAGUGUGUCUCCUCUUUCUCUCACAAAUUUCCCUGCCAGGAAAAGAUUAUCAUUUCCUGUUGAGUCAAUGUCAGAUUCUUGUUCAAAUGCUUCUGAAGAGGUUUCAUAUGUGCAAAGAGUCAUCAGUAAACGUGGAAUGAAGUCACUAGCCGACACUAGUGCUGCUGACUCUGAAGACGGUGACCAUCAAGAAGUGAUAGUCUCAGAGAAGGAGGUGACCACUGCAAAGACUUCUGAAGUGUCUCCUGCAUCCUCUAAUUCUAACAACAAUGUCAGAAUAAUCACUAAGCGAGGUAUGAAAUCCUUUCCUGAAGAUGAGGAAUCUUUUGUCCAAAAGGAUGCUUCAUCACCUGCAAAGGAAUGUCUCUCCAUAAAUGUCUGUGAUCCACCAGCUGAAGAAACAGAGAUAACUGUCAAAAAUGGAGGCAACACAAGUCUUUCAAGUUCAAAGGAAUGUCAAGAAAAUGAAGAUGAUGAAGAAAAUGAGGAUGAUCUAGAAAAUGACAAUAUAAAUAAUAAUGCAGAUGUUUUGCCAGAAGCUGUAUCAACCAGAAAAAAGAGGAAGAUAUCAGUGUCAGAAAGCUUCAGCACUAGUCCGGAGAAAAGUAAAGAGUCACCCAGAAAAGUGAUUUCUGCAUUUGGGGUUCAUAAACCAAUAGUCCAGACACGCUACUUUGAUGUAUUUGACACCAACUUGUCUCUUAUUGACGAAACAGAAAAAACUUUCCAAAAGUCUAUGAAGAUUGUAAAGAAACCAGAGAGUGGUGGCAGAUCUGCAGAAAAAAAUAAAGGUUUGUCAUCUUACCUGUUUACAUGACUCAGACACUGCAAG